GGAAAUUGAGACCACUUUAUGAUGAACAUUUAAUAAAUACGUUUUCCCAAACAGAAAAUAUGUAAUCAACAUAAUCUAAAAAAAUAAGAAGAGGAUAACAUUUGAUAAACUAUUUAUCAGUACAAGAUUUUAAAACAAAUUUGGAAAAUUUCAAGUGAAAAUAAUGAAAAUCAUGAAGAUUAUGAAAUGCGUAUAAUAAUAAUUUUGCAUUCUUUGUUAGUGAUUUGCUUAUAUGGAAAGUUAAAUACGAUUGAAUUCAUCUACACUUUUUGACAUUAAAAAGCGAAAUGGAUGAACACGAAGAAUUACAGCAGAAUAAUAUGAUAUCAAAUCUGCCAUUGCUGUUCGCCAACGGUUACCCGACGUCCUUAGAAAAAAUAACGGAGUCACAGCUGGAGACUUUUAUACCUUUCAUGGUACAAUGUUCUUUGGGCCAUAUUAACUUGCAGGGUAAAAUAGAUUGCAGUGAACCAGAAUGGUGGCCCGAAGACUUAUCAUUCUCCAUUCCUCUAAUAAAACCAAAAAAAUUCAAAGGGAGUUGGAUCGCGAAGCUUAAGGACGUCGUAUUAAUUUGCUACCAAUUUCAUAAAAGUGUUUUCCUCCUGAGGUUUUGUAACGAUUUAUCAUUGUAUGAACACGCGAGUUUAAGAUUUAUCAACAACUACAAUUCCACCACAUCUCUUUUUGACAGAAGAAGUAACAAACUGCUCGUUACAUUCAGAAAUGAAAAUAUGUCGUAUGAUCAACCACAAAGGCUACGUAAGUGUCUUCUGCAACAAAAAUCUAAAAAUGGUCCGCACACAAAUAGUGGUCUGCAACAACAAAUAAUGGUUGAACCGGCGCCCUUCGAUAUAUACCUAUGCGAUAAUUGCGAUGCCGAAUUAUAUUCUACAGAAGCAAUACUGGAACAUGAAAAAACUUGUAGCGUUGAAGACGAGGUAAUAUUAUGUGACACGCCAGAACCUGCCGAUAUUGAUAACACUAAAUCUGGUCAACAUAAUGUUGCUGAAAAUAACGAACUUCGCAUAGGAUUUUUAAUGAACUUUAAUUUGAAAUACAAGUCUGACGUGGGAUCAGCAAAAAAGAAUGAGGCCUUAAAGCCAUUAUCGCACUGCAGUCAAGAAGACAACAAAUUAAUAAUUGCUGAAAAAAAUAGACGUAUAUCACGACGAAAUCGUACAGUGCAUUCAAUGUCGCGCUGCUCAACCAUACCCUUAUCAUCUCCAGCGGGACAACUACUUUUACGUACUACAAAAAGUAUGGUAACAUGUCAGUAUCUUAGCGAACGCUUGGAACGCGUUGAAAGGUUUUGCCAUGCACCAAUAUUAUCGAAAACGAAUUCCCGGCCAAAAUACUUGGAGAAAAAGUUUGCUCUGGGUACACCACACUGCAGUUUUAAGAAACCCGCUGAAUACAGUAAUCACCUCUACGUAUUUCCUCGGCGACAGUUCUCACAGAAACGCCGAAGCGAAAACUUCCGUUUAUUAAAUUCAACGCUAUUGAGGAGAUGUCGCCCAAUAUCUGUAAGGUUGAAAAAAAUUGGUGAUUCCAAACUGAAAAUGAAACACAAUUCUUCUAAUUGCAAACUUAAUAUAAAAUUAACUCGGGAUAAUCCGCGUAGUUCUCAUUGGAAGAUAUCGUCUUCUCCCUCUACAGAAAUAAUUGUAGACACGAUAGACUUGUGUACGUCUGAUGAAGAAGAGAAUAUCAGCAAGCGACCGAUGUCUCCAUCGCCCACCUUGAGUGAUUACAACAACUUAGACGUAAACGCCGCGUCGCCAGCACAGAUAAAAAGUGAAUUUGCUCCUAAUGUCACAUUGCUGCCGAUACCACAUUCUUCGAUAAACAAAGCACAUCCUUCGCAAAAAAGCCAUAUAAUUCACAAAAAUGACAAUACUUCAUUUAAAGAAUGUGUCACUGCAGAACCAAAAGCGGUUAAACCCUUACGCCCUUCCGUUUACAUAUUACAUAAUUACGUACCUAAUCCAUUAGCUGCUGCAAUACUCAAUGCAACUUCAUCGAAAGAAACUCAAAGUAGCUUUCAAAAGCAAUCUAGUUCUAAACGGCCUAAUAGCACUUCAAACACAAUUAUAUCUACAAAUUCUGUGUGGUUUAGUUCUGCUGGCAACAAUUCUCACGAUGAGGUGAACUGCGAAAUAGUCGAACCGGCAUCUACGCUUUUGCUAGAUACUGAAAGAAUAUCACAUAAUUUGCCUACAGUGCUUCCCACACAUAUAAUAUCAAUUGAUCUGACAUCCUAAAAUGCAAACAGCAAGAUGCCAAAAACUAUUUUCUACAAUUUAAUGCUGCAACACAUGGAAUUAUUUUUUCGUGUUACACUUACCCUUUAUUUUAUUGACAUGUUCUACGCCUUAAAAGCUAGCAUUCCGUUGGUUCUAAUGAACGAAUCGUACAAAAGGGAAUUUUAUUAAUCUAGGUAAUUCUAGAAAUCUAUAAAUCUGUGUUGAUAUGAAAAAGGAUUCUAAAAUAUGGGAAAAAUGGGAAAUUUAAAAAAAAAAACUUUCUUUAAACUCUUCAUAGCAGCUGUUUAUAUAAAGUCGAAUGACAGGAAGCAGUUUAAAAGAUCGACCAUAAAAUUAUAGAUUUGAAUCACUUUCGUAGAGUGAUCCAAUUCUCUUUGUUUUUGGCCAUGCAGAUAUAAAAUACCAUGUGCGACUUUUCGUCUGUUUGAGCUAAAUUCAAAUUAAUAUAUUCAUUUUCUUUGACUUUGGAAAGUUAACAAUCUCUACUCCUGGGAAUAAUUUAAAUGUUGAAGGCAGGAUUUAAACUUACGCAAUCUUCACAAAGAGUAGUUAAAAUUAAAUGAUGUGUGCUUAGCACUUAGUAUGCGCCCAUCAGUGAAGCUUGUUUUCCGUUUCCACGACGUACGAAUGUUGUUGUUGGUUGGACGUCCGUGUCGAUCUGUCGGUUGGCCGUUGUUGGAAGUUGAAGAGAUGAAAAUAAUCGGACGUAAUCCCCGUGAAUAAAAAAGAACCAAAACAUGUAUUACAGCAUAAAUAUUACCAAGUGUGUGCAUACGUUUAUGCUGACCAAGUAAUACUUAAGUGAAAAAGUGGACCUUAAAGCCAUCGACCUAAUAAUUUGCAGUCUAAAACGUAAGCGAAAGAGCCUACAUCCCGAUUAACGUAACUUUUGCUCUUAUUACAUUAUAAUCUCACUUAACAAAUAAUUUUCAAAUUGCAAUUGGUUUAAAAAAACAAAAAAACGGGUAUUAAAAGAUCCGUCACGUGGUGAACCUAAGUUUAUUUUAAACUUUGGAAAAGAAUAAAACUAAGAAAUCCACGCAGGAGCCAUUAAAAACUUACUGGCAAAUUAUUCAUUCUCAGUAGAUGUGACAUUCUGAGUAUUCAUGACAUUUACCCUUCUAGUUUCAAAGCUAGCCAGUAGACAUAAAAAAAUUGUUAGUUCGAUAUUUUUCCAUUGCUUUCACGAAUGGGAUAUACGUCGCAUAUAUUCGUACAAGCGCUUUUAUAUAAUAUAUAAUCUUAUAUAUAUAUAAAUGUAUAAAAAAGGAGCAUUUAUAUCCCCUUGAACGUCUCCUGACUAGUUUUAUUCGCGUCGGAUAUACCCUGUCUUGCGAUUCGUACCGGUUAUGGAAGUUUUUAAAUCGCACUGAAUGAGACAUUUUCCCAAUAACAAUAAAAAUUCGGUUACACAUACUAUUUUCGGGCUUUAUUAAUGAAACUUGCUCCAAUAAAUCUACUUUCUUUAAAUUACUUAUAAUCAAUUCUGAGUUUUUGUUGCUUUAUAUCUUAUUAGUUAAUUUUUUCAUUCAUUCAGUCAUUGGUAUUUAUAUGCGAUUUAAAUCCAGCAGUGAGGCAGAUUUUUUUGGAUUCCGAAAAAGGGAGAAAAGAUGUAAUGUAUAAAAUGGUGAAGUGCACUCUCUGUUAUAUAAGACCUUGAGCAUUAUCCGCGUUAGAAAAAAAUUCAAAAGUUAUUUAUAUUUAUGAAAUGUAAAAUCUUUUUUUAGUGUUUUAAUUAUAAAUUUAUGUUUGUAACUUGAAUUUUAUAAAUAUAUGAAUACAACUUUGAUACACUCGAUCAUCGUUGAGAGCAUAUGCUUUCUUUCCUCAAGUGUUUAAUAAAGUUAAAGUGAAAUCAAAAGCAAAUAUUUUUUAACGACAAAUUACCACUAAAGCAAAGUCUGACAUUGCUCAACAUACUAUUAUAUUUCGUAAUAUAUGAAGUAUCUUCUUCGUUCUGAUUUUGCUAACAUUCUUUAGAUUACGUUCGUACCAAUAGAUUGCUAAUUUACAAUACCGUGGACGUUUGCAAAGUUGGAACAAUAUGAAUAAAAUCGUUUGAGCGAGUUGUAGACACGCGCUUUCAACAUCAAUUCUUCUCGACCACUCAUUUCUUCUGUUCAACUUCUCUUUUUCUCCCGGCUGGAGCAAAUUCUUUACCGUAAACUUUUCGAAGCAGUUCACGCCUAUCCCAUUUCAUUCUGAUGUUUUUAUUAAUUAUCUUGUCUGCUAGAUAUUCCAUUAAAUUAAUGUUCAUUCCUAACUGAUUUUCAGGAAAUUUAUGUUAGUAAUGAAGCAUCGAAAAGUUUUAUUUACUUUUACAACUUUCGCAGUGUUUUUGGGAAAUAUCCGUCCAACGGAAUUAAAA